GUUAGGCCCCGCCCAACUGAAAUGACGCACUAGCGUCCUGUGUCAGCGUGAAGUAGGCGGAGCCGGAGACCCGGAAGCAAAGUGUUUGUACCCAGGCGUCUGUGAAGACUUAAGCUGAGGGCGGAAAACCCCCGCCACCGGCGAACCGAAGGAGACAGACGCUGCACAGGGGCCUUCGGAAAAGUUCUUACUCAUUACUCUAAAUGGCUUCUAGGCAGUCGACUUCAGACUUGCCCGGACCCUUUAGUUAUUUAGAAGACGUCCCCUUUAAGAUCGGAGAGAAGUUCCGGGUGCCGGAUAAAGUUGGGCUGCCGAUUGGCUUCUGUGUGCCGGAUAUUUCCCAGCUUGUAAAGGAAACUCAGUAUGAUUUCUUGCUGGAGAAGAAGAGCAUCCGGUGGGCAGAAGAAAUGAAAGAGAUGAAGGAGGCGGAGCUGAAGGCCAGAGCAGUUCUUUCCCAGGAUAAUGUGGAAGCAGCAGCCGGCGGCAAGAACAAAAGUGCCACUUCGGCAAUUAACUCCUUCCUUGCCACCCUGCAGCACAAUAACAUCCUCACCCCGACUCCAGCCAGCGACAAUGCCAUCAAGUAUCCAGUCACGAGCCCCCCUGAUCUCAAAGCAGACUUCAACCCUGCGGACUUUGAAUGUGAAGAGGAUCCGUUUAAUAAACUGGAGUUAAAAACCAUCGACGAUAAAGAGGAACUAAAGAACAUUCUGAAUAUUCACAUCAGGCCCGUGCCAGCGAGUGAUCUCUCCAACGAGGGAUUUAACCCCUCAGACAAAGAGGAGGAGGUCUCUGCUCCCCUUAAAGCAGAAGACUUGGACCUUAAGCUCCUCCCCAAGCCCAAUGGUUUGAUCACUUUGCCACAUCUAGAAAACUGUGAACUUAUUCCCACGUCUUCCAAAGUGUCCCUCGCCCCUAUCAGCACAGUCAGCAAUAUCAAGUCCCUCUCCUUCCCCAAAUUAGACUCUGAUGACGGGGAGCAGAACAGAGUGAAAUUCACCGGCACUUCUUAUCUACCCAACGGCACCUUCCUCCAUUCCCUCUCUGCUGGCUCUCCCCAUAAACCCAGUGAAAUCAAUGGACACCAUAUGCCUGGCCACUCUUCCUUACAUGCUGACAGUUUGGCACAGACUGCCAUGUCUCCCCCCUCAGCCACACAAAUACUGCCAACGGGCACUGAGGAAAAACCACGGACGUCUCCAAAUAAUGACACGAAGCAGCAGAUAACAACUCCGCACGUGACCGUAUUGAAAGUGCCCAACAGCAUCGCGUGUAGCAAGCGUGUGGGGUCGCCGGGCUACGAGGAGCUGCUGCAGGCGCUUUCGGGCAGCGAGAGGCAGUGCGUGGAGACCAUUGUGGGUAUGGGAUACUCAUACGAGGGAGUAAUGAGAGCGAUGCAGAAGCAGGGACAGAACGUGGAGCAGGUGCUGGAGUAUCUGUUCAUCCAGGCACAGCUCUGUGAGAAGGGAUUUGAUCCGGCCCUGGUGGAAGAAGCAAUGGAAAUGUAUCAGUGUUCAGAGGAGAAGACAACGGAAUUCCUCCAGUUAAUGAGCAAGUUCAAGGAGAUGGGGUUUGAGCAGAAGGACAUUAAAGAGGUUCUCUUGUUACAUAACAACGACCAGGACAAAGCCCUGGAGGAGUUAAUGGCCCGGGCCGGGGCCAGUUGAACCCCCAGGGGCAGAACAUUCCACAUUAGGGAUAUGAGGAAUGCUAUUGGAUAUUUACCUGGAAACCAGGUCUGUCUGAGCAAAUCCACAAGCCCCGCCCAUUGAGGAACAUGAGCGUAUGAUACAUAAACCCCUCCCAAUGAAGCGCCAGCAGGAAAAUUCAUAGAAGUGCCCUUUUGUCUCCAAACUGUCAGGCUGGGCAGAGAGGGGGUUCAUUUUUGGAACGUUUCCUGUUUUGCUUUGCAGUGGAUUAUAGGACACCACAAGCUGGAAGCCUCAAGGGCCUAUCGAGUGAAGCUGCUUUUUGUGCUUGUGCCGGAACACUGGCCUCUCUGAUGGGGCAAUGGAUUGUUCUUUAGGUAUUAGUGCUACACUGGUUAUAUAGAGUCACACAGCUCUACCCUCCUCUUUAUUUGCUUCCCAAUAUCCUGUUACUCAAGGGGGUAACAUCAUGGGCACUGGGAAAGCUUGGGGGGGGGGGCUUUUUGGAGCCUUUAAAUAUUUGCUAAGUUAUUUGUUAAAGAGCUUUAUCUGUUCUCUACAUUAUACCGACGCCCCUUUAUUUAAGGAGAUCUCCAAAUAAAUAUGUAUUGGCCUUUUGCCUAAACCUGUCCGGCCAAUCACAUUUGUCCAAGCACUUUUCUUUUUGCCACAGUGUUUUUACUAUUUCUCCCUGUUACUCCGAGGGGGGUCUCUAAUCUUGUAUUCCAUUGGAUGGUUGUUUCCUCUAGUAGCAGAGAGUGUAAUAUGUUGUACAUUGGUGUAAAUCCCAAUUCUUUUCAUUUGCCUACGGCAGGUACUAAUAAACCGCUUCAACUUUC